UUCUGAGUGAAGCGCGGCUCACGGGAGCGCCGUGUCCGAGGAGCGAGCUUUAAAUAUCACUCUAUUAUUAGAAUCAGGUUCACUCCAGCGUGUCAUACGGGGGAUACAUGUCAUACCUAUGCGCGCUCCUGGGAUUCAGAUGCGUAGCUUAAGACCUAAGAGAGAGGCUAUUUCCAUUUAUCCUCGCGCCCGUGUUCACUAGUAAGUCACCAGCGCCUCGGUUGUUGGGGAUGAGAUUGUACUGAAGAAGUUUAUGUCUUGUAAGAGGAUCAUUUAAUCUGAACGUACUUAUAUAGCGACACUGAUGGCGAACGUACUGCUUGUGUGCGCGCUGUUUGUACUAGUGGUGAACGCGCAACCGGUGGAUAAAACAACACAAGAUCUUCAAAGAGACAGCUCAUCGAACGCCAGACGAACAGUGGCUGAGUACAUACGGGAGCUGUUACAGUUAUCAAACGAACAGGGUUACGAGAAGAUAAGACCAUCUAUACGAGAUGAAUUAACCGAGAAAGCGCGGGAGAAUGAGGCAUUCAACAAAUUCAUCAGCUCCUUGAUUAAGGACAAACAACAAAGUGAGGAAGAAUCACAGCAAAGUGACGCGCGGACGCCACAGGGUGAUGUCCUCGCUGACAUCAGGAGGGGGAUGAGUGAUUCGGAGCAGAAGCGAGGAAGGUGUCGGCCCGGAAUCUGGUACUGUCCCAAGCGCGAUGCAGAGAGAUUACAGGAGAAGAGACGGCUGUCCGCGCAAAAGUCAGCGGCACCGCGUCGCUGUCGCCCUGGUCUGUGGUACUGCCCCCAGGACGAGGGUGAGGAGACCAAAAGAUCAUCUGUUCGACUACAGAGACUUGAUAAUGCACAGUCAACCGACAAAGAGAGCGAUCUCAGGAAACUAGCGCUGACGAAAAUUGACGGUGAUGACGAUUGGUUCACGAAGAUGAUGGAAACAACCCGAAGAUAAGACGAUAAGGGCGCGAGGAGACUCCAAAUGAAAUGCUAUAUUUUUAGUAGGGUGAUGUUCUAGUCACCUCAAAAAGAAGAAAGAUAUGUCAGUAGAAAGAGCGUAAAGAAUGUAUGUAAAGACGAUAUCGUUUGGUAAAAGGAACAAGUGAAAUGUGGGUGUAUAUGUGCAUGACUGAAUGUCAAACAUAAUUAUUCAAAAUAUCAUUUAUUUAUAAUACCUGGGAACCAGAGAUUUGUCAUAAAGUUAAACCUCCCUUCUGGUUCCUGGUAGUACAAGCAUGUGACAACAGGCCCGCCCGCAAGUGUUUUGCGUGACAAGAGAAACUGUAAAAAAGAGAUCAAUCAUAACAAUUAAAGCGUUGGUUCCCAGACAUGA